UUGGUCUGAUUCAAAAUGGCGCCCUAGUGUCGAGAUGUAACGCGGUUAUUCCAUGUCAACAUGUCACUCCUCAGAGUUUGUGCCUUCGUUAAAUGUCUCAAUCGGCUCAGUUUGUUGGAAAAGUGUACGUCUCGCGCUCCUCUUGUAAAAUGUUGCCAGCGGUGUCUCGCGAUAAGAAAUGGCGCCGUUAGGGUGCGAGCAGAUAUUCAUUUGGAACCUCAUCGAAGAAAGGUCUCAUUUUCAGUCCGGAAGACAGAAGAUGCCAAGAAACGUGUUGCGCAACAAACUCGGCUGUUAGAUGUACUUGAGGCCAGGAUCCAGCAACUCCAACCUGAAAGUCUUCUUGAAGUCCAAAAAGCAAAUGUGGAGUUUCUUCAACCCCCCUCAACGGGGAGCCACAACUCCUCCUUGGCCAGAACCCCUCACACACCUCCAGAGAGGCCUGAUGGUUCCAAAUUGGCACAGAAUGUUAUUAGGGAACCUUCUAAAUCGCAGCCCACUCGCUGGAUGGACAAAAUAACUAAGGAGAAGAAAGGUAAAGUGAAAAAACAGCAACACCUUGCUGAGAAGCUGCAGAAGAGCGGCAAUGAGAAAGUGGCAGGAAAGCACCCUGAUGAUAAAGGCAACCCAAAAUGGCCUGGCACGAGUUACAAAACGAUACCCAGCAAAAACCCUGCUGCCUUGGCUGAAAAGAGCAACGUGACUGCCAACAUUCCGGCUGCUGUACCACAAAAAAACCCCAAAAGCAAACGAAAGGACCCUAAAAAUAAAUCUCCCCGUGCAAAGAACCAGGUGACCGACGAGGAGCUUGCUCAGGUGGAGGAACUAGAGAGGAGGCUCGGACAGCAAGCCAACCCCUGGUCCUGCCUGAGUGAAUCGGAGCAUCCGCUGCAGGCCAAGGAUGGGGCCAUAGCGAACCUCCGCUCUUGCAUCUUCGCUUGGCUGGAGGCGUGUGUGUUUGCGGGGGACAUUGAACGAGCCCACAGGUUCUUGCUCAGCCAGCACAGAGUUCAGAGUCGACGGGUAUGUCUCGACACGGACGUUUACAACAUCAUGCUGCGAGUCUGGGCCAAAAAGGGCACCCUAAAUCAGAUUGGGCGUUUGUUUAUUAUGUUAGAGGAGGCAGGUCUGCGGCCAAAUAUCGGAUCGUAUUGUGCUGCUCUGGAAUGUAUGGGCCGUAGUGCUUACUGCUCCUCACAAGUUAUUAAUUGGUGCUUGAAACAGAUGGAGGAGGAUGGCCUCUCUGUGGACGAUGUCUUCAGCCAAUGUGUAUUCCAGCUCGAUGAAAAAGAAAUGGCACUGAAGGCUGUACGCGUCAUCCACCCUGACUACCAGCCAGCCUCCAACCCCACGACAAGCCAAAACGCCCCUUCCUUGGUUCAGGAGCUUUACACAAAGAGGGAUAACCACCAGUAUCCGAAGCUGGAUUUCACACGAGAUGAGCUCCAGGAACGUUUCAAAUUCCAGCUUGAAGUGGAGCACGCCUGCGCAGUCACCAUUGACUCUGUGGAGGCGGCAAAGCCUAUCACAGAACAUAUGGCUAAAAUGAGGGCGUUGCUGGUGGAGCAACAGGCUCAGUGGCGGAAGGCCCUCCUCCAGGCCUUCAGGGAGGGGAAGAUGAUCCUGGGGAAGACCAACACCAAGGGCUUAAGACUCAGCAUCUAUCCCUACUUCUGUCUGCUGGAGGACACCGAGUAUGUUGACAUGAUGAUGCAGAGUGUUUCCAGCAUGCCUCCCAGCGGAGAGUCUCUGAUGACUUUAGCCAAAGAACUGGGCAGCCGCAUUUACACCAAGUACUCGGUUCAGCAAAAGUAUAGGAAUCGCAUCGUGGAAAAGCUUGGCACCGUUUACAAUGCUUACACAGACCUGCUCGCCAAAGACACAAAGGCAUACAAUGUCCAUCCCAGGGAGGAGUGGUGCAAACUGGAGGCAGCGCAUCCAUCAGGGCCCACACUCCAGGGCAGCGAAUCCUCCUGGCCGUCUAUUGUGCCUUUGGAGCUGGGAACGUACCUGUUGGAUAUAAUGGUGAAGAACCUCAAAAUUAACAGCGACAUCCUGAACUCUUCCUACGACAGAAAGAGCAUUCCCAUCCUUUACCACAUGUACACCUUUCGCAGCAACCGACAGGUGGGCUUUAUUAAGCCCCACCCCAUCCUGACACAGAUACAGCAGGAGGCCAUGGAGACUAAACUGACCUUUGAUUCCUCCAUAAUGCCCAUGCGCUGCCCUCCUUUGCCCUGGACCUCGGUCAAGUUUGGUGCAUACCUGCUGACCCCUGCCAAGCUGAUGCGCAGUCUAGAAGGGGUGACCCAGCAUGAGGAGUUGUUGGAGAGAUGCCAGAACCUUCACCCAAUCUUGGACUCCCUUAAUCAGCUGGGUAACUGUGCCUGGAGGAUAAACAAACCUAUCUUGGAUGUCAUCAUCUCCAUCUUUAAUGAUCGGGGUAGCGACAAGCUAGACAUCCCCCCUCCUGUCUCAGAGGCCCCCAAAAUUCCCGUCUUCAACCUGCAGGACCCCUCUUACAGUGCCACCGAGAAGGCUCACAUGAAAAAGGAGAUCAUCAGUGCCAGAAAAAAAUGCAGCGAGAUGCACAGCUUGCGCAUGGAUGCUCUCUAUAAACUAUCAAUCGCCAACCACAUCAGGGACGAGGUCUUCUGGUUCCCACAUAAUAUGGAUUUCCGUGGACGGACGUACCCCUGUCCUCCGUACUUCAACCACCUGGGAAGUGACGUGACCCGCUCUAUCCUGCUGUUUGCAGAGGGCAAGCCACUCGGGCCAAAGGGCCUGGACUGGCUCAAGAUCCACUUAGUCAAUCUUACGGGGUUGAAGAAAAAGAGCUCGCUGGAAGGAAGGCUGGAGUAUGCCAAUUUUAUCAUGGAGGACAUUCUGGACUCUGCUGACCACCCAUUGAAUGGUAAGAAAUGGUGGAUGAAUGCAGAUGAGCCGUGGCAAGCGCUCGCCUGCUGCAUGGAGAUCGCCAACGCUGUUAGAUCUCCCGACUCAACGCAGUUUAUCUCGCAUUUUCCUGUGCACCAGGACGGCUCCUGCAAUGGGCUCCAGCACUACGCUGCUCUUGGCCGAGACGUUAUUGGCGCCACGUCAGUCAACCUGAUGUCCUGUGAUGUGCCGCAGGACGUGUACAGUGGAGUGGCGCAGCAGGUGGAGGAGUUCCGCGCUCGUGAUGCCAAGAGCGGCCUGAAGAUUGCCCAGGUCCUGGAGGGCUUCAUCAACAGGAAAGUGGUCAAACAGACUGUGAUGACCGUGGUGUACGGGGUCACGCGCUUCGGGGGAAGGCUCCAAAUUGAGAAGCGGCUGAAGGAGAUUGAUGAGUUCCCCAAGGAAUAUGUAUGGGAAGCAUCUCACUACCUGGUGCGACAAGUCUUCAGUGGCCUCAAAGAGAUGUUCACAGGGACUAGAGAGAUCCAGGACUGGUUAACAGAGAGCGCCAGGCUAAUAUCUAAGGCGGGACACACUGUGCAGUGGGUGACUCCGCUGGGUUUGCCCAUCAUCCAGCCCUACCACCGUACACGUAACCACGUGAUCAAGAGCACCAUGCAAUACCUCAACCUCCAGAUCAGCCAUGACGCCACGCAGCGGCCAGACACAAUCAAGCAGAAAAACGCAUUCCCACCAAACUUCAUCCACUCACUCGACUCCACACACAUGAUGUUGACGGCGCUUCACUGCCAAAGCUUCGGUUUGACAUUCGUCUCAGUUCACGACUGUUUCUGGACACACGCCCUCACAGUGGACACCAUGAAUAAGGUCAUCCGGGAGCAGUUUGUGGCACUGCACAAUCAGCCCAUCCUCCAAGAGCUGUCUGACUUCCUGCUCCACAAGUACUGCUCCACACUCACGGCCGACAGAAAAAACAAAAAGUACCUGGAGGACCGGCGGCUCAUGUUGCUGCUGGCCAAAGUGCCGCAGACAGGGGACUUCGAUCUCAACCAGGUGAAAGAAUCCAAGUACUUCUUCAGCUGAGCCUUCACGGGACGCCGUUGGCCGCGUUCUCCUGUUUUGGCGUCCCGGGGGCCGAGGCUGAUUGGACGGCCUCUUGUGCGUGAAGGGCCAGGACGCCGACAAAGACUCGAAUCAAGGAAAAAGCGCCGUUUUCAUAACAAAACGAUCGCACCUGAGGAAGAGAGCCGCACUUGUGCUCAUCGAGUAGCCGUGAUUGGCCGUGUGUGUGUGUGUGUGUGUGCGGCUCCUUGUCUGGUGGGCGGGGAGGUGUGUGAAGGACCCCCCCCCCCACACACACACACACACACAGCCCCCCCAUCAAGUUUUAACCUACCAUCAUCAUCAUCCUAUCUCAUAAUCAUCCAUCAGUCAGGAGCUGCAAGCGGGCGGGUCACGUGCGGCGUACGAGAGCAUUUGAUGUGGCCCAUUCUGACGUUCUAAAAAUAAACGACGCCUCAGAGGAGCUGUUAGUACACAAAACGCAUAAAUAAAUGAAUAUUUUCAGCGCACUGGGAAGGACAAAACUGACGCAGAAUAAUGUUGCAUAUUUUCAGUAUUUUUUUUUUUCUCCUUUAAAAAGUAUCCCUUGAAAGGGAUAAUUUUUUUUAUUUACUGGAAUAGAAGUAUUUUAAUGAAUGGGUAUCCACAAGUUACGUUAAAUGCUUUUAUUUAAUCAUGUGAUAUUUUGACUUUUGGGAAAAAAGAUUUUCUCUAAAGGGAAAAAAAAAGAAUUCACUUAAACCUCAACUUUUUCUCGUUAUCAUACGGCAAUAAAAAAAAAAUUGUACUUUAACUCGAUACUACUAAGAUCUUCUACUAGUGCUUUUUCCAUGUUUUACAUCACACACACACACCCAAAAAAGAAAGUUUUGACUUUAACUUGGUUAAACAGAAACAAAUGUAAAUUGUAUGACGGAUUACGAAUGUUUCUUGGAAACUAUGCUAUUUUUCUUUUUUUGGGGGGAGGGAGAACAAGUUUGACACUUAAAUUUGAUUUGAAUUAUUAGAUUUGAACUUUUAUCAUGUCAUCUUCUACUGGAAAAAAAUAAAAUUACCACCCCCAAAAAAAAUACUUGCCAAAGUUACGUUUAGGGUUACCUCACCCUAACCUUUUAUUCCCUUAAAAUGUACCUUUACUCUGAUAAAGUACCGUAAUUUCCGGCCUACAGAGUGCGCUUGGUUGUAAGCCUCACCCAAUACAUUUGUAAAGGAAAUACCAUUUGGUACAUACAUAAGCCGCACCCAUGUAAAAUAAAAGCCGCAAGUGCCCCCAUUGAAACACGAGAUAUUUACAAAGAAAGACGGUACACAGAGUUUUCAAAAUUUUAAUACCUUAUCUUAGCAUAGCAACAACAAGGUAGCACAGACUACACAGUAGCAACACGAUAGCACAGCACUAACAGGGCCGAUUAAAAAAAAAAAAAAAAAAGUACCUAAAUCACUGAGAUGUGGCAGUAACACAGCAGAAACACGCUAGUGUGACGCUAACCCUAGCGCGGCGCUAAAGCUAGCGCAGCACAAACAGGGCUGGUUAAAAAAUAUAUAUAUCGGUAAAAAUCAGGGAGGCACUGCAGUAACACAGCAGCAAACAGGGCCAGUUAAAAAAAAAAAAUACCUACCGGUAAAAGUCACUUCCUCGACACAUAUAUUCCACCGGUCUCACUCUUACCUUUUCCGCUCGAGUGCCCCCUUGCGGCCAUUAGAAAAAAAUGCACAAAUCAGCCGCGUUACCGCAUAAGCCGCAGGGUUCAACGCGUGUGAAAAAAGUCGCAGUUUAUAGGCCGGAAAUUAUGGUACUAGUGGUAGUAGUCUGUUUUUUUUGCCCACUUUUCAAUGCAACUCUAGUGCUUUGUACCGGGAGAAUGUGAGAAACAUCUUCAAACUUCAAGCGUUGUUUCAAGCAAAAGAAUAUUUCCAUGUCCUCUCAAGCUGCUCAAGAUCUGAAAAGAUCUUUUAAGAGUUCCCACAAAAGCGUCCGCUGCUCACGUCUUUUGGGCUUUUUUUAAAAUGCGUUGACUGGCUGGAAUAUUUCACAAUAUUUGAGCACUUAAAAAUAGCACAAGUGCUUUCAGAUGUCACGUAGAAAUCAUUUUUUUGUGGUGUCGUUUGCUCAUAACUGUUCUUCCGUGUCGCGAGCCGCUUUGAUCCGUUACCGUUCGUCAUGUUUGCUUACCUCAUGUUUCUACGGCAAAUCAUCUUUAAAAAGAAAAAAAAAAAGUGACGAUUGCUAUUUUGUGACUACUGUGGCUGCAAAUGUCGUCACGCUGAACUGAAAUUCAUUGCUUUUGUGCGUUUGUGUGCUCUUAUAUUAAAUGAAGAAUGUAUUAUU